UCUUUCUGUGUGGGGAUGGGGGGGUCUAGGAGUGGUGCUGUUCCUCAUCACUUUCGGACCCUUCGCUAUCUUCUACCUGGCCUUCUAUAUCUGCUGCGUUGUAGGCGGUGGUUUUGCGGUCACUCUGUUGUUUGGGAAGACUAACUCAGAGAGACAUCUAGAGAAGUGUGAACACUCCUACCUGCCAGCCACGCAAACGGGUAUACUGAAGACGUUGGAUGAGAUGAGGUUGGAGCAGAAGCCUAUAAAGAUAGACAGGAGACUGACUGGCUCCAACUACAUAGACGAGCCUCUGCAACAGGUCAUCCAGUUUGCAUUGAGAGAUUAUAUUCAGUAUUGGUAUUACACUCUGAGUGAGGAUGAGUCUUUCCUGCUGGAAAUCAGACAGACUGUCCAGAACGCUCUGGUCCAGUUCUCUACACGGUCUAAAGAGGUGGACUGGCAGCCUUAUUUCACCACCAGACUCGUGGAUGACUUCGCUACUCACCUCCGAGUCUUCAGAAAGGCCCAGGACAGACUGGAGCGCAGGGAUGACAAUAAACAGAGGGACUUGUCGGAGGAGAUGGUGGAGUCAUUCUUUGAGGCGGAGGUAGAGAUGGAGAGGAACGUCUGCAGAGACGUGGUCUGCACCUCCCUGAAGGAUGAAGAAGGGUUCCUGAGGGACUUGUGUGAGGUGCUGCUCUACCUUUUACUGCCUCCUGGAGACUUCCACAACAAGAACAUGAGAUACUUCCUUAGGGAGAUUCUGGCGCGAGGUGUUCUCCUUCCCCUGGUCAACCAGCUGAGUGAUCCUGAUUACAUCAACCAGUUUGUUAUCUGGAUGAUUCGGGAUUCUAGCUGUAACUACGAGGCAUUUAUGAACAUCUUGAAGCUGACAGACAAAGUGUCUGAGCUGGAGGCUGUUAAAGACAAGGCCCUGGAGGAACUACAGUACCUACGAUCACUGGACACCGCAGGAGACGAUAUCAAUGUUAUAAAGAAUCAGAUCAACAGUCUGUUGUUUGUGAAGAAGGUCUGUGAGACCAGGAUACAGAGGCUACAGUCAGGGAAGGAAGUGGAUACUCUAAAACUAGCAGCUAAUUUUGGCAAGCUGUGCAUCAUACCGCUGGAACACAUCCUUGUUCACAACAUCGCCUUGCAAUUCUUUAUGGACUACAUGCAGGCGGCUGGGGCCCAGGCAGAGCUGUUCUUCUGGCUGACAGUGGAGGGCUACAGAGUAACAGCCCAGCAACAACUAGAGGUGAUGGAGGGAUGGCAGAAGGAUGGAAAGAAGGGAGGUUCCACUAAAGGACUGUUGAAGGCUGCAGCACUAGGGGUCUAUGAACAGUACCUGUCUGAUAAGGCGUCCCCCAGGGUGCAGGUAGAUGAGGUGUCUGUAGUCAAACUGAGAGAGAAGCUACAGAAGGAAGGAGACCCCACGCCAGAGAUAUUCGACGACAUCCAGAGAAAAGUGUAUGACAUGAUGCUUCGUGAUGAGAGGUACUACCCGUCGUUCAGACAGAGUCCCCUCUACAUCAGGAUGUUAGCUGAACUGGACAUGCUCAAAGAACCGUCUUAUAGAGGAUCAGAUGACGGAGAUGGAGAAUCGUUCAACGGUUCUCCAACAGGAAGCAUUAAUCUAUCUCUGGAUGACCUUUCGAAUUCCUGCCAUGACGAAAAUAUACAGCUACACGCCUUCAUCUCUGACACAGGGGUGUGUAAUGACCACGGCAAGACCUACGCCCUCUACGCCGUCACCGUGUGCCGCCGUAACCACGACGGCAGCGAGGACUCCUGGAAAACCUACCGACGCUACUCUGACUUCCACGACUUCCACAUGAGGAUCACGGAGCAGGUAAAGUUUGAGAACUUGACGUCGAUCCUGAAGCUGCCAGGGAAGAAGACGUUCAACAACAUGGACAGAGACUUCCUGGAGAAGAGGAAAAAAGACCUCAACGCAUACCUACAGCUGCUGCUGAAUCCAGAGAUGGUGAAGGCCUGUCCUACUCUGGUCCCCUAUGUCUAUGACUUCCUGGAGAAUAAGCAAUACAGCAAGGGCAAGGGAGACUUCGCACGCAAGAUGGAUACGUUUGUGAACCCUCUGCGUAGCUCGAUGCGUAACGUGUCCAACGCAGUGAAGAGACUGCCAGAUAGUCUGGCUGAAGGGAUGAACACUGCUGCUGACAACAUGGGACGCAUGUCAGAGAAACUGGGACAGGACAUCAAACAGUCCAUGUUCAAGGUGCCUCCACUGCUCCCCAAGUCUGACGUUGACCCAGAGCACUGCCGAGUCUCAGCCCAGCUGGACGACAACGUGGAUGAUAACAUCCCCCUGCGUGUGAUGCUGCUGCUGAUGGAUGAGGUGUUUGACCUGAAGGAGAGGAACCAGUGGCUUCGCAGGAACAUCAAGAACCUUCUGCAGCAACUCAUCAGAGCCACAUACGGAGACACUAUCAACAGGAAGAUUGUUGAUCAUGUGGACUUCAUGACAGCUCCAGAACAGGUGGCAGACUACGUCAAGAAGUUCAGGGAUUCAUACUGGCCCAACGGAAUCCUAGCAGAGUCUCCGCCCCGCCGGGACAAGAACAUCCGCAUGAGGACACGGGUCGCCGCCAAGACCAACCUAUUGGGAAUCAUGCCAGAUGAGUUGAAGCACAUCAUAGGGGCGGAUACGACUCGUAAAGGCAUCCUGCGUGUGUUUGACAUGUUCCAACAUGGACCAAUGAAUCGACGGCUGGUCUACGUGCUGCUAGAAGGUUUCCUGGAGACCAUGUUCCCUCAGUACAAGUUCCCAGAGCUGUUUGUCAAACUGCACUCCCGUUCGCCGCGCACAGCCAGAUACACACAGAAACUCAAGAGCACCUCCCUGAAGAGGUGACAGGAGACUGGGAUUGGGCAGGGUACUUGGUGACACACACACUCGCUCACACGCCGUGAGAGAACAGAGGGAGGAGGGGAGUAGUGGGGAGGGUGUGUAUGUGUGCUGGUGAGAAGAGGUGUGCGUGUCCUUCUUUCUAUGUCAAGAGGUGCUUUUUGGGCCAUCCGAGCACUUAACUCUUCCCUCCUCUCCCCUACAUGCCUCUCACACUGUCCUCUACUCACUCACACACACCCUCUCCUCUCGUGUGCACAGUUUAGAGACCGCAUUUGGGUUUUAUUUUAUUUUUGUACUUUUUAUUUCCUACUAAACUAUUUUAUUGUAGAUGUGUGGUCAGACUGACAGCUGCUCUGAUAUACACAGCAGCUGAUCUCCGUUACUGAUACCAGAGAGCCGAGCUAUGUAUAGAGAAAUACAUGGGUCGUUCCAUGUAAUGAGUCCCUUUUGGGUAGUGUUUCCCAAACUCUGUCCUGGGUUCACAAUGAUUUUUUCCCCCCCUAGCACUACACAGCUGAUUUCAAGUAAUCAAAGCUUGAUGAGUUUAUUAAUCAUCUUUGUAGUGCUAGGGUAAAAACCGAAACAUGCACCCCUUAAGGUCCCGAGGACCAAGUUUGGGAAACGCUGGGUUAGAGUCAUUUGGUGGGAAAGAAAUGUAGAUUUAAUGAAGAGCAUAUUUUCAGCCUAAUAAAAAGCAUAGUUUCCCAUCUCAAGAGGUUAAAGAAAAAAAAUAACUGGGCGGAAGGUAGCCUAGCGGUUAAGAGCAUUGGGCAAGUAACCGAAAGGCCGCUGGUUGGAAUCCCCGAGCCGACUAAGUGAAAAAUCUGUCGGUGCCUUUAAGGGCAAUUAACCAUAAUUGUUCCUGUAAGUCGCUUUGGAUAAGGGUGUCUGCUAAAUGACUAAAAUGAAGAAACAAAAUUGCUAAAUGUAAGUGCCAGAUAAAGUAACAGGGUUGACCGUAACAGGGUGACGAUUUAACCUUAAAUCAGCCAUAAAUCCCUUGUGACCGGGGGAAUGGAAGACUCUUGUGUGCAACAGGGAGGAGCAAUUGAAUGACAGCGUCACAAAAAACAAUUAAUUGUUAAAACAUUUUUAGCCUUUCUAUCUAUGGGUAACAGGGUUGACGUGUUAUGCUCAACCCACUCAGUUUUCCACCACAAAACAAGAGAAAAUGGCAAAAAAAGAGUAUAACCAGCUCAUCUGCUUUUACAUUAUAAUUUUACUGUUAAAUGUUAAAUUUUUCAUUUGAAUUUAAAAAAAGGAAUAGGAUAGUUCAUUUAACAGGGUUUACCUGAAUGAAUCACAUUAAAUAAAUACUCUUCACAAAUGACAUUGUCAAAGCAACAAUAUAACUUAGGCUUCACAGUGUUGGUGAAAACUUGUAGAAAUUUGUGGGUUAACAUCUUCCUAGAAGUCACAGAGAGUGCACAGAGGAACAUGGCAAAAUGCAUUAUUGUGGCACUUUAGCAAGUCUAUUCAUAUUAAAAAUCAAAUGUAUUGAAUUGUCCAUGUGGUCACUUCAUUUAAUAUAACAGGCUUUUAAAGAUGCACUAUGCAGAAAUCAAUCUGCCAUUUCCUGGUUGCGAAAAUUCUAAUAGUUCGCUUAAUUUCAGUUUUUGAUGAAACAAGCAAGUACAGGGAAGAGAAUCAUUGUACUAUGUAAACCGCCGUGAAAUAGCUUUUCGAUAACCCAAAAUAUUGUAUUUUCAGCUGUUUGACGCUGGUGUACAAAAAAAACGAACGUAAAAGUUGCUAAAUGAAACUUAAGACCGUGAAGCGUAGAAAUAACCCACAUAGAACAUAUAUAUACUGCUUCUAAGACUUGCUUUCAAUGGGUGACAGAUCUAUAACUCAUAUUUCUGUGUGAAUUAGGUCGGGUCGCCCAAAAAGUAACAUAUUGCAGCUUUAAAAAUCAAUAUUGUCGCACAAUUUCUACUAAAAAUAUCAAAGGGAUGCAAAAGGGACUCAUUUUGUAGAACGACCCACAUAGGUUGAAUGGCAUAUGUUGUGUAUAUACAGUACCUGUACAUAGAAAUAGAAUGAAUAGAUUCUUUUUCUACGGGUGUAUAUAUAUAU